GCGGCGCAGAGCCGGGCUUGGCGCAGCGGCACAAGAUGCGGACCUCGAGUCUCCCUCCCGGGCGCUCGGUCACCGCGCCGAUGUGGGCGCGGGCGGAGUCGCCGCCGCCGCCGCCGCCGCCGCUUACUACCGCCAGGCCGCCUCUGAACAGGAAGCCGUGCGCCGGCCGCGGAGGCCCGCCCCCAUGUAGCGACAAGCCCGCCGGCUCCAGGGACUGGAGCAAGGGGCGGGGGGGAGGGGGCAGGGGGAAGGAGGGAGGGCGGGGAAGCGGGGCGGGCGCCGCAGAAAAGCUGCGCUCCCGCAACCGAUCAGAUGCAGCUCCGCCAGGCAGCCGCAGCAUCCAUGUUGUUGACGGCCCAAAGCGGAAGUUGUUAA